AUGAAACUAGAAAAUAUUUAGAAAAAUUUAUAUAUUAAUAAUAAAGUUAAGUAGAAUUGGUCAGACCCACUAGUUAUUUUUACCACAAGAAGUGAAAUAUUUACAAGUAGUAAUUAUGCCAAAUGGUUUGCGCCUGAUGAAAAGGAAAGAUUAAAAGAAAUCUAGCUACUAAAAUUUGAUUCUAACUAAAUGAUGGAAUACCUAAAAAAAUUCACAAUUCAAAGCAUAAAAAUGUUGAUUUUCGAAAUAUAUGAAUGGUAAACAGAAAUUUCAAAUCGAGGAGUCAUGGAUAUAAAUAAGUUUGAAAUUUGUUGGGAAAAAUUACUAUAAUAAUUGAAAAAGUAAGAAGUAUCAAAGUUAAAUGAUGAGACUCUGUUGAAUUAAAAAUAAAUAGAGAACAUUUAAUAAUUUUUGAAGAAUGAUGAAUUUAUUGCUUUAAAAAGUAAUGAAGCUUUAAGAAGUCUAAGCAUAAAAUUAUAAAAACUGUGGAGUGUCGAAAAGUAUGACAAGUUGAUGAAGUAGAUAAAUCUAAAUAAAUUGGUUGAGCCCUCCCCUAUUGCGUACAGAGAAAAUAGUUUAAGUAUUGCCAGAAAUGAUGGCAAAAGCAACUGA